UCGUCCCUCUCCCCGCUCCUUUAGUGAAAGAAUCCAGCGCCGCUCGGGAAAGUUACCUGUGCGCGUCCGGCCCGGCCGUUCUCCCGUGCCGAGCCCCGCCGGCGCCCCAGCCCCGCCGCUCCCCACAUGCCAGGGGGAGGGGGCUCUACCUGUCCUGCCUCGGCGGCUGGCUGCGGAGCCGGGAGAGGGGGGGAAGGAAAGCAGAAUUACCAGUAGCUCUGGUUCUGCCGUCCCGGGCGUUCACACGCACACCUUCACCUGCACAGACCUGAAAGUCCAGUUCCGCCAGGGAGACGGAGGCACCGGGAAAAGGGGAGAGAGUUCAUUGGAUCAAACAUGUCACAAGAGACGGACAAUAACAAGCGACUUGUGGCCUUAGUGCCAAAUGACACUUCAUUCAACACCAGACGAGCCUACACCAGCGAAGAUGAAGCCUGGAAGUCGUAUUUGGAGAAUCCCCUAACAGCAGCUACCAAGGCUAUGAUGAGCAUAAAUGGUGAUGAGGACAGUGCUGCUGCUCUUGGCCUAUUGUAUGACUAUUAUAAAGUUCCCAGAGAUAAAAGGCUGUUGUCUGUUAACAAAGUGAGUGAUAAUCAAGAAGACCAAGAUAAAAGAAAUUGUCUUAAUACCACGGAAGCUCAGAGUAAUUUAAGUGGGGGAGAGAACCGUGUGCAAGUCCUGAAGACAGUGCCAGUUAACCUUUCCUUGAACCAAGAUCCUUUGGAGUCAUCCAAAAGGGAAUACAACACAAAUGUGUCUGGGAGCUCAACACCCAUCACAGGGACCGGAGUGACUGUGGUUAAAGCAGAGGAAUUCACCCCUGUAUUUAUAACCCCACAAACACACUAUGCAAGAGGAGAAAACGAGGAGCACCGAGGGGUUAUCUUUGAACCAUACGAAGUGUCCAAUAUUGCUCCCCACACAAAUUAUCUCAAAGAUGACCAGCGCAGUACUCCUGACAGUACCUACAGCGACACCUUCAAGGAUGGAGGAACAGAAAAGUAUCGGAGUGUGUCAGUGGGGGCUGAAGAAUAUAUUUAUGAACAAACAAGCAGCACUUUUCAGUAUACACUAGAAGCUACCAAGUCUCUGCGUCAAAAGCAAGGGGAGGGGCCCAUGACCUACUUGAACAAAGGACAGUUCUACGCCAUCACCCUGAGUGAGACGGGUGACAACAAAUGUUUCCGGCAUCCCAUCAGCAAAGUCAGGAGCGUGGUCAUGGUUGUUUUCAGUGAGGAUAAAAACAGAGAUGAACAGCUGAAAUACUGGAAGUACUGGCAUUCCCGGCAGCACACAGCUAAACAGAGGGUCCUCGACAUUGCUGAUUACAAGGAGAGUUUUAAUACCAUUGGGAAUAUUGAAGAAAUUGCAUUCAAUGCCGUGUCCUUUACUUGGGAUGUCAAUGAGGAGGCAAAGAUUUUCAUCACAGUGAAUUGCUUGAGCACAGACUUCUCCUCACAAAAAGGAGUAAAAGGGCUUCCUUUGAUGAUUCAGAUCGAUACAUACAGCUACAACAACCGCAGCAAUAAACCCAUCCACCGAGCCUACUGCCAGAUCAAGGUCUUUUGUGACAAGGGAGCAGAAAGGAAAAUCCGAGAUGAAGAGAGGAAGCAGAACAGGAAGAAAGGCAAAGGCCAGGCAUCCCAAGCCUCAUGUAAUAAUGCUGAAGGGAAGUUGAGUGCACUCCCUCUGCAGAAAAAGAGUGAUAUCACCUUCUUCAAAACAAUGGCUGACCUGGAUUCCCAGCCAGUUCUCUUCAUACCGGAUGUUCACUUUGGAAACCUACAAAGAACUGGACAGGUUUACUAUAAUACAGAUGAUGAGAGAGAAGGUAGCAGUGUCCUGGUCAAAAGGAUGUUCCGGCCUGUGGAGGAGGAAUUUGGUCCAUCCCCAUUGAAACAAGUGAAAGAAGAAGGCCUGAAAAGAGUGCUUUUGUAUGUGAGGAAGGAGACAGAUGAGGUGUUUGAUGCUUUGAUGCUGAAAUCACCCACAGUAAAGGGGCUAAUGGAAGCUAUCUCUGAGAAAUAUGGGCUGCCAGUUGAAAAGAUUGCAAAACUUUAUAAGAAGAGCAAAAAGGGUAUCCUGGUAAACAUGGAUGACAACAUUAUUGAGCACUACUCCAACGAGGACACGUUCAUCCUGCACAUGGAGAGCAUGGUUGAAGGCUUCAAGAUCACACUGACAGAGAUCUAGCCUCAGGCAGAGCCUUUUUGUAAGGAACCACAGCAUUUCAUCCUUCUUGGAAAGCAGAAGAUUUCCCAGGAACUUGACAGACGUUGAUCAGAGAAACUGUUACAAAACUGCUUUUAAAAUACUGUCCAGUCUGCACAUGUGCACCCACUGCAUAUAGACUUGGGUUUGUCAAGCACAAGGCCACUCACAUUAACCUGGUCCCUUAUUUAUUGUUCCCCACUCUCUAGUGUACAAGCAGUUACCAGUCCCCAGAUUUGUAACCAGAUGACCCACUGCAAAUGUGAAACACAGCAUUUUAAUCCAUACUUUAGUGUGGAUAAGCUCAUUCUAAAACAUGUUAAAGAAUCAUGCUGGUCUAGUUCCAGACAUCUGGUAUAAAUUACUUUAACCAAUAGUUGUCUCCAUCAGCGCUACAAAGCUGUUGCAGUGCUAAAGAUGGGGAAAGUGGCUGACAGUUCACUUGCUCAGACUGAUCUGUAUCUCUAUAUAGUGUAUAGUCUUGCCAAAUACCUCUGGUAGUUCUCAGCAUGUAGCAAUGAGGACUUGUAAGUAAAGCAUUCAGCUACAAAUGUCACUUGUAAUUAAAUGGUAAAGAAACCAUUUUAACCUUGUAUAUAAUGUUUAUAAUAUGCAAUAAUAUAUUUUAACUACUGUAUGUGGGCACAUUUACUGCCACUAUGUUUUUGUAUGUAUUGGGUUUAGGGUUUAACAGAAUCUUUCCUAGAGGAUUAAAUUGCUGCAAUCUGUUAAGGGUGUGUACUGAGAAGCUGAUAACUUAAUCUGCACUCAUAUGCUCUAUCCUUGCUCACACAGUUAUAUAUUGAAAUAUUAGAGCAAACCGUGCUACAGCAUCUUGAAUUCUGUGGCACAACGGAGCCCACCUUAGGUGCCCAAGUCCCAGCUGUAGAUACCUGAGUCUCCCAUCCAGCUGUCACCGAAUCCAAGAGACAUCACAUGUCUGCUGCCUGGUGUGCCUAGAGGUACAGAAGGAAGGCUCCCAAAGUGGCCUUUUCUCAAGCCUGUGGUGGGAAAGGUGCUUUCUGCAGCAACCUGCUCAUUAAAGCAUUCCUCUAGACUGUAAGAAACAGGACUUCAAACUCUUCCUUUUAAGGGUACUUGCUCUUGUAUCUCCAUUUAAUGAUUAUGUUUUGAUUCCUAAGACAGUUGGGUGAGGUAUAAACCUGGGCUUGAUGUAAAUACUUUUAUCAAAACUGGAAUAAUUUUGCCAGUGGAGACCGAGUAUCCCACAACUGAGGCGUGGAGAUAGGUCUCUCUCACAAGGGCUGGAUCCGAACCCAAGUUGAACUACAUGGUUAUCCCAUCAAAUUCCACCCUGUCUCAUGAAUUCUGUGAAGAAAUAAAAUUGUGCAGGCUAGGAUCACAAGGAAAGGGGUUCAAGGCCUGAAUGUCCCUAGCGCAUCCAAACACAGUACCUCUCUCUCUCCUUUCCAGCUCCUCUGGCUAUUGUAGGGAGCUCCUCACUCAGGAUAUAGUCCUGUGAGUUUCAGCUGCAUUUUAUUCUCUAUGCACUGUUCAUGAGUCCUGUGUGACAGACAGAAGUGUGGGUCCUUUCUUACAUGCAGCCUUUAGAGUUUAUUUUUUUUCCUUCUGAAACCUUUUUUCCUUCAGUCACACAACCUUUUUUUAUUAGGUGGUUAGUGGAAUAAAGAAAUGCUGCCUAGUUUAACAGGGCUCAUUCUCUAGUGUUUUGAGCUGUGUGGAGCUAUUUGUUAUUCAAGGAAAGCAGCUGGGAUAGCUGACUGGUCUGAUUUGGCCAAGUUUUUGCAUGCAUAUUCCUGCAAGCUAUUGCACACUUUCUUAGCUUUAUUAGCAAUAGAAUCCCAUUAAAGUCUCUACUUCCAACAGAAAUGUUAAGUGCACGUCAAAGUUCCUGUGGGACAAGAAACUAUAAAAGGUUCAGGCCAUUAGUGUCAGGGCUAACAUACCCUGAAUCCACAUAUGUCUGUAAAGCGAAGUGUGUGUUCUGUCUUCCUCCUGCUCUUUUUUUUGGUCAUGCACUCUUUUGCCUUCUGAUGCAGAGUUUCUUAGGAAUUUCCUUAACUUUUUAUAAAAAUGCACUCCAGCAAAGAUGCUCUUGCUACUCUGCUCAAGAGCAGACAUCCUGGGAAUACAGGGGAUUUAUGAUGGUUCAGUGUGUUUCUACUUGGCUCAGACCGAGAUAAAAAAACCUAUGCUGACUUACCCCAGAUACUUUUUUCCUCAGGAAAAAAAGAGGACAGUUUUGACAGGUGGCAUUAGAAACUGGGUCCAGCACAUAGGACUGGUGAGCAAUGCUGUUAGUUCUUGUGUUUCUCUCUUGGUGUUUGGAAUCCUCAGGAUGUUAGCUGGGAUCUCUCAAUUGGUAAUGACGUCUGGGAAGAAGCUGCAGGUGAAGCAUAGGAGUAAAUGUAUGCAGGAAUUGGGUCCUGGUUCUGCUCCCAACAAACCCGCUGUCCAAGCUCUCUUACAGGGAAUGCCUGUGAUGCCUGGGGCUGGCCCAGGUUGGCAUGUGCUGCAUUAAGAACAGACAGUAAGAAUUUAGGGUUCGCAGAGAAGGACAGGCUGUCCUGCCAGCAUCAGCACUCAGGUUAAUGGGACAUUCUUGUCGUACACCUGAGUGGAGAUGAGCUGGGAUCUGUUGGGUGCUGCAGCAUCCUGCACCAAGGAGCAGCGUAGGAUCAGUGAGAAGCUCAAUGUCCAGAAAUACUAGGGCUUAAGGAACUGUCUUUCCAUUGCCAUUUUAGGAGCUUUCAGUGAGCCACUGUCCAGAGAAGGAAAGUUGCUUCCAAGAUUAACUGAAAGCUGUUCUAAAUAUGUCUUGAAGUGUGUGAAUUCCUGAUAGUAGAAAACUAAUACUCCUGCCUUUACUUCCUCCUUACAGUCUCAAUGAAGUCAGUAGCAUUGAGGAAGACAAGUAGAUAGGUGGUAAGAUUAUUUUAAAACAAUGACUAGAGCUAGGUAAGGAUGAUCUCAGCUUUAUCUGCCACGGUCCAAGGGCUUUGUUUCUCUGCUCUAGAUGCAGGUGCAUCACAAGCACUAAGACAUUACAAAGAGUAUAUCAACCUACACCCCUUCAGCAUCAGCUGCUGGAGGAGCACUGAACCUUGGAUGCUGGUUGUGGCAAGCUACAAGUUCUCAGAGUUCACCUUGUUGGUCUAAAUCAUCCUGUCAGAGUGAUGGGAAAGGGACAGUACAAGUACUGCAAACUUCUGGAGCAGUGGCCUGCUUUGUGCCCUGCUUGAUUCAAAUGUCUUGAGGAGUACAUAGUGCUUGCAUGUAUAUUGUUAAAAUAUACAUGUUGCUUUCAUUAAACAAUGAAAAAUAUUGAUUAUUGCUGGAUCUUCCAAGUAUUAUGCCUUAAAUGGAAGUAAAAUUUGGCUACUGUUCAGUGGGGGACAGGAAUAUCUGCCUUACCUCCUGUUGUCUCUUUGUGGCACUGCUGUGGUUGUUUAUUUAAAGGAACAAAAUUCUCAUUUCCUUUCCUUCUUCAAGGCAGCAGUCUUGCAUCUUAACUAGUGCAGCUUAAGUGUGGCUUGUUGCUCAGAGCAUUUUCCCUGUGAAGAGUUAGAGUAGUGCAGUGUCUGUAGAUGUUGUGCUUUGAAAGAUCUGAUAGAGAUGUAUGAAAGGAGAACAGUCUUCUAAGUUAAAAUUUUGGUUCCUGCUACAGACUUGGUACUUUUUCCGUCCAUUUGAUGUUUUAUUAUGAAACCCCAUUAAAAUUCUCAAAUUUUAGUUCUUUCUCACAGUCAGGUGCUGAUACCCCCAAAAUAAAGUGCAUCCUUUCAAUGAAGCUUUGUGGAUGUACAGUGAUAUCCUCAGAAGACAUUUUGGAGGAUUUUUACCACUGAAUGUAAACUAUGAAGAAAAGAAUGUUUUCUUCCUCUGUGUCCUCUCAUGAAGUUUUUGGUCAAUGGAAUUCAGAGAUCAAAUAUCUUUCCUAUAUAUAUUCCUCUUUCAUUCUAUGAAUUGUUUAAAUGUUGUAAAUUAAUUCAAACAAUUAGUAAAAUCUAAACUCUCUAGCUGUCAGAGAUGCUGUAUAUUGAUUGAAAUGGAACUGGAAAGGAGUAUCUUAUGACUUUUAAAAUGUAAAGCUUAUUAAAUGUUUAUAUGCUCUUCCAUUUCCUGUUGAGACAAGAUACAAACAAGAAUGUUUGUGCCAAAGAUUGUGACAAGCCGUCUUACUGGCAAACAAGGAAACUUUAUGUAUAAAUAGUGUGCUUUUAUAUUAAGAAUAUAGCUCAUGUAACUUAAUAGUGUUGCAACUGGGAGAGGGGUUUGAUAAACUGUAAAUACAGUUAUUUUAUUUUUUGUACAUUUUUAAGAAGGAAAAAAUAAAUAUUCCUA